UGCUGUUCGGCUUCGGUGCUUCGCGGGAGGUGUAGAGAUCGCAUUCGGCUCCCUCGUUGCCGUUCGAAUUUGCUCCUUCAACGACAUUCCCUUCUCAGAUCGGAAGUUACGACAUUUUGAUCGGAAGCAACGACGGGAGCUCGGUCGCUGUGAAGAUAACUUUCUCCCUUUCGCCCGCUUCUUCGGCCAAAUCCCGUAAAUCGGCCAAACUACAGGAUUUAGUAAAUCCGGGAUUUACUGAAAAAAGAGGGAAACGGAGGAUUUAUUCGGCCGUGAGAUUCAGGGCGUUCAAAUCCUGUUGGCAGACAGCCCUUAAAUCUUGCAUCCAAGCAGCCCCUUCAUUUCUCCCUCUUGUUCAAGCCGUGCGAUGCAGAAGUCCGAACGUUUCGUCCUUAGACUCGCCAUAUUCUCUCGGUUUCUCCUGAUAUCUCUAAUCAUCACGUGGAGACUUCUCUACCCGCGCUAUGAUUCUUCAGCUCAACUUAACCCUAGCUGCCUCUCUUCGUCUUCGACGGCCGACGAGCUAUCGCAUUUGAAGGAAGGUGAUCGAGUCCUAUGGCCGCGGGCUGGGGCGGCGAUCGAAGGAAGCGUUGUAUGGGACAGCGUCUACUUUGUCAGGAUCGCCGAGUGCGGUUAUGAGUACGAGCAGACCUAUGCUUUUCUUCCACUCCUCCCCCUGUCAAUUUCCUUGCUUUCGCGAUCCGUUUUUGCUCCUUUGAUCCCUGUGAUUGGAUAUAGAGCUGUGCUUGCGCUGUCGGGUUAUGUGCUGAACAACAUUGCCUUUGUUCUUGCUGCCAUUUAUUUCUACAAGCUAUCAUUUUUAAUAUUAAAGGACUCAGCAGCUUCCUUGCAAGCUUCUGUUUUGUUCUGUUUCAACCCUGCCUCUAUAUUCUACUCAUCAAUAUAUUCGGAGAGCCUUUAUGCGCUAUUUUCAUUUUGUGGAUUAUUUUACUUAUUUUCUGGUUCAAAUUAUGUGGCCAUUCUCCUGCUUGGUGUGUGUGGUACAGCUAGAUCAAAUGGAGCCAUUCAUGCUGGUUAUUUUUGCUUCAAGGCAUUGCUUCAAGCUUUUGAUGCCAUCACCAAUAAAAAUAGCAUCAGUGACAAACUUUUAAUCAACAAUAUUGAUGCUCUUUUUGUGCUCUUACCAAGAAGAGAGCCCGUGCACUCUGUCAGAACCAUUUGGUUUGAUGGUCCUUCCCAACUCUUGUGAAGUUUGCUCUGCAGGCUAUUGUUGGUGGAGCCGCUUACUCAAUUUGUCUGUUUGUUCCAUUUGCUGCUUUCCAAGCUUAUGGAUACUACAAUAUCUGUGUUUGUGCUUCGAAUGGGUUGAGACCAUGGUGCAACUCAAGAGUACCUAAUUUGUAUG